UAGGUUUCCACGUCUCUCCUUCGCCCAUUCUCAAUACUCUCAGACUCAAACCGAGAGACCAAAACCCUAACACGAUGAAGUACAAUCCCAGGGUCUCAAGCUCCCGCCGCAAGAAUCGCAAGGCUCACUUCUCAGCACCGUCGAGUGUACGGCGGGUUCUGAUGAGUGCGCCUCUCUCCGGCGAUUUGCGCUCCAAGUACAAUGUUCGCUCGAUGCCGAUUCGCAAGGACGACGAAGUUCAGGUCUUGAGAGGAACCUACAAAGGCCGUGAAGGAAAGGUCGUUCAGGUCUACCGUCGCAAGUGGGUCAUUCACAUCGAACGCGUUACCAGAGAGAAGGUGAACGGCUCCACCGUCAACGUCGGAAUGAAUCCGUCGAAGGUUAUGAUCACAAAGCUCAAGUUGGACAAGGAUAGGAAGUCGCUGCUCGAUCGUAAGGCUAAGGGCCGUGCUUCUUCUGAUAAGGAUAAGGGCACUAAAUUCACCGCUGAGGAUAUUAUGCAGAGCGUCGACUAAUUUUGAUGUGGUGAAUUUUUUUGAUAGUUCUGUUAGUUCUAUCUCUUUCUCAGUUUUGAUAUAUUUUUUUUUAAUUUAUGGUUUCUUUAUUUUGAUGCGGAAAGAUGAAGACAAUGCUUUAUUGUUUUGAUGCUUUGAGUUCUACUGGAAUUUUGGUUAUUUUUCAAUGCAGUCUCAUAAGAUACCUUUUGUUAA